CUUGUCUCGUGCCGUGUGAAUGAUUUUUGCUCGUGGCCGCAGUUGAGGGAAGGCAAACGAUGGCAGCUGAAUCGCUAAGUGGAAAGCGGAAGCAUGAAGAUGCAAACCCACCAGGAAUGGCCGCACCUAAAUCGAUCUGUUUUCAGUUUUAUGCCCUUCCCAGUCCUGCAACCGUGACUCCAAAAGAAGAUGAAUGCCUUAGGCUUUGUCAGGCAGGGCUCGGCAUGAGAAAGGUGUCAUUGCCAGAAGAUGCCAAUCAUGUGCAGAUUGCUGAUAAACUCAGCUCUGAGUUCCCUAAACUCAAGGGCUCCUGGAAAUUGUACAAAGCUGCAGGGGGCAGAGGAAGAAGGCGGCUAACAGUAGUCAGCCCCCAGGUGGAAGGGUAUACAGCCUUACAGCUGAAGGGGGCAUCAAAUAGUGGGAAAUACAUGUUGUACAUAGUCCCAUCACAAGGUGUAAUAGAUGAUGCCCCCCUCGCCAAAAGAACCUUGGCAUUUCCAGGGGCAGCCAGUGGAAUGAGUGACCAGACAAGGCCAUUAACUCUUUUGGCCUCCCGUGCUGACAAAUUCACCGGCAGUGGGGAAGACUUUGAAGAUGAGUAUCAGGACUCGGACGAAGAGUGCUUCUCCAUGUAUGACUCAUCAAAUUACGAUACUGACUCUAUGGAUGAUAUGGAUAGGUGGUACGCCUCUUCAUCCGCCUCAUGGAAUUCCUCCCCUCUCUGUUGCAUGGGAUAUCAUACAAGCAUCCAUGGCCGUGGUAAUGCUGAGGGCCCGCGUUUUUACCAGCAGAGCAGCAGUGCAGCAGCAAGCACAUCAAAGGUUACGCCGGGGGAAGGCUGGAAGACUGUUGUAGAUCCCAGAAAAGCCCAUGAGCUUUUCACCCAAGAGCUCCUGAAGAAUAAGAAUGGGGAGAAUCAAUUUGUAGUGGACUUGAGGAAAGACAAGGAAGAUCAGGACUUGUCCUACAUGAGCUUCUAUAAACGCAACAAUGUUGACUGGGCAUUGCCAUUGAAAUGCACACUUGAAGGCAAGCUGCACAUAGUUAUGUCUGUCCAAUUUAAAUAA